AUGAGUUAGUUAACGGAAAGCCCAAAUAGAUUAAAUGAACAACCAAGCAUUCCUCAAGAGGAAAUAAUCGACAAAUCACAAAAAUAGUCAACGUCUUCUCCCGAUAAAGAGAACUCUCAAGAAUUGUUUAGAUUGUAGAAAUAAUAAUUCUUACAAAAAAUGACUUAAGACAACUCAUCAAGACGUUAAAAAAAAACUAUUGGUGACAUCAAAGAGGUGUUAAAUGUGAAUAAACAAAUUGUCAAUUUCGGAUUGGUUAUUCCAGGAAAUAUUUGUGAAGACGAUAUCUAAUUUUAAAAUCUAUCCAAUGAAACAGUGAUAAUAGGCAUAUAAGUAAUAUGCAACAACACAGAAUUUGAUGAUCUAGAUGAGUAUGUGUAUUCAGCUAGAAAACUCAAUGGGUAUGAUUAUAAUGAUCGAUUUAUGCUUGCCUGUCCAGCAUAAAAGCAAUUCUCCAUGAAAAUAGCUCUUAAAGUUCCCAACGUUAAAGAAUAGAAGGGACUCUUUGGCACCAUUCUCAUCACAGCAUCCUAUUCUAAUCACCAAAAAAUCUAAGGCUAAAUAAGUGCUUAAAUUUAAAGCCAAAUCACUAUUCCUUCUAUUGAGUGUCCCAAAACCUUGAUGAAUUCUGUUUAUAAUCUGCCCGUUAUUCAAAUGGCCUUUAAAUUGGGCAAAAAGUUAGAUUGCAAGAUCCCCUUCAGAAAUAAUAGUCCAAUUGGAUUACCUCUUGAAAUGGAAUUUCUUAAUAAAAAUGAUAAUGAAAUACUAAUCAAUCCACCUACGCUUUCAGUGUAGGGCAAUUCUUAAUUCUUAGUUACAAUCUAUAUAAAAAGCAAAUAAGAAUAGAUUAUUAAGAAUGUCUUAAUAGUUAAAGUUAAAAAUUCCAACGUGCAUUUUAGUUAUCCAUUCAUUAUCAAAAUAUAUUGAUUUUACUAUAUUAUAAAUAAACUAUGAUUCAAUUGAUAAAGUAUAAA